CGUUCACAGCAUUCGCCAUGCUGUUGAAACUGAUGACGAGAAGCACAUAAAACAAAAAAACCGUUCAAACCGGUUGUUGUGAUGCUGACAUAUUAACCAAUAAAACGCCAAAUGGUCGAGCGGGGGACCGGCUAGAAUUUGAAGAGGGAUAUGACAGCUUUCAUUACUCAUCCAUCAGUGAGAGUUAAAGGAACAGAGCAUAACUACAAUCCAGUUUUCUGCCAAGAUGAAAAAUGUUCUUCUAACUCUAAAGGUAGCCACAUGCACUGUCCCUUUUGUAGUGUGACUGAUGCCUACCAGGACCCUGUCAUCUUGAGAGCACAUUACAGAGUUAAACAUGUUGACAAAGGGCUUGAUUUUGCAGGUUUAAAGAUACUUCGCUGUUGUAAUCACUGUGACAUCAUUGGAACUAUCAAAGAAGAAAAGAAAUUUAAAGGUGCACACUGGCACUGCUACCGCUGUCGAAAUGGUUUCAAUAGACGUGAUGAAGCUAUGAAGCAUUACAAAACUCAUUUCCGCAACCCUCAUACGACUUUCCAAAUUCAAAUUACACAAGAGGUAAAUAGUCGACAGUAUUACGAACAAAGUGCAGAAGCUCAUCAUAAAGCUUAUGGAGGCAACCACAUUACCUCUGGUGGGACAAUGGAUAUCACACCAUUUAGUCCUGUUGUGACAGAAGUAGCCAUUAACACAACAACCUCGACUCUUACCAUGGGGAAGAAUGAUACUGUCAUAGGACAGACUGCAAAGGAUGGCAAUCUGACCAAUGGUGUCACUGCUGAUGCCAAAGAAUCUAUGGGCUCUACAUCAGCAGAUGAUCAUCAAACUCUGGUACUUAUGGACCCAGAUGGGGAAAAUGGAGAGCUUGUGUACAGUGAUACUACAAACUUAGUUGUAGAACAGAGCGAUGACACUUUGGAUCAAAAUCUGCUAAUAGAAAAGCAACUACUUGAACUACACCAGCAGAAUCAUCAACUUAGAGUAGAGAAAACAGAAACCGAGCGCAGGCUCCAAAUGGAAAUCCAACAGCUAAAAAAUCAGAUUGCAGGUCUUACAGAGGCCAAUUGGCAAAUGGCUGAAGAACUCAAGCAAUAUAAAUGUUCCAGAGAUAUUGAGAAUAAAAUAAAUCAAAUGAUUGAACAGAUGGAGAUACAGCACAAGGAGCUCUUACAGAUGCAGGUGGAGCUGUUACGGAAAGAGUAUAACAAGUUAAAUCAUCAAGUUAAUGGUGGCUCUGAUUCUCUUCAGGAUUCUAAAGAUGAUUGCACUAAUGAAACUGAGCGUACAACUGAACAGACAUUUGUGGGCAGUGCUACUUUGUCCCCCAAGCGUCAUAGCAUAACACUGACCUUACCCACCACUAUGGUGACUUCGCAUGAAAUCGUGACCUCUGAGCAUGGAAUCAUGUCAACAUCAGAUGAUGUAAUUGCAGCAUCUGAAGUGGACCUCAGUUCUGGAAAUGUCAUAUCCUUCAUUGAGCCUAAUAAUAAUUCAUCAAAUGAAUCUGCAGGUUUGACAACACUUGAAAUUGUAGAGGUCCAUUUAGACAGUGAGUCAACCAUUUCAAAUAUGGAGUCAACUUCCCCCACACGCGUACAUCUGUAUCCUGUCACACACAUCACUGAUAAUGUUGAACUUUCCUCUGGCAAACGGAUUUCUGAAGAGGAUCCGGAAGAAGAAAGUCAAUCAAAAAUCCAGAGAACUGUUUGAAACCCAUGUACAGCUAUAUUAUUUUAUAGUGUCUAAAUGUAUGGCUUUAUUUUUAUUCAAUAUUUCAAUGAAUAAUUUAUUAAUAUUUAAUUCAAAUUGUUCUUAUUUUAGUUUUUUAAAUGGAGGUUAGAGAGAAUUUAUUUGACUUAUGAACUUUGACCAUUUCAGAUUGCUUUGUGCCAAAGAGUACUGUGCAAUUUCCUUGCGCAGCAGAGAUAUUUAGGCAAUACAAUAAAUCCUUAUUUCUUAAGAUGAGAGCAAGACUGUAGACUGACCUUUUGACCUUUCAAAAAAAUUACUAACACAGGAAUAAACUACAAUUAUUGUUAUAGUUCUGGAUGAAACCAAUAUUGGAAAAAUAAGCUGACUGCUAACCAUGAUUGAUUAAAAUAAUGAAACAUUCUGCAAUCUGUUUGAUUUCAAGGCCAUUCAACUGAAUCUGUUUCUAUUUUAUAGGAGCUUUAGGAAUUCACUAAUAGUUAUGAUAAAGUAUAAAUUUAUAUUCGAUAAAGUUAAAUCUUUGGGAAGGGCCACUGACAAUUCAGUCAUCAGGUAAUGGAAGUUGACCAUCAAGUAGGCUUACUAUCUUGUGUGCAUGAUGGCGUCUCCUGAAUUUUAAUGACCUUUGCAUUACCAGAUGGUUGUAUUAAAGGAACAUAGAUUUGUGACAACUAUUGUCCCUUUAUAUACAUUGCAAUAAUGUCUAGCAUUUUGCCUUUCACACCCCUCAAAGCUACUAAUCCAAGUUACUCAGAAAUGUGAUAGACCUGCUAGAAUAAUUAACGGCAAAACUCUGCCACAAUUGGUGCUGGAUAUUCCAUUAACAUCAGGUAUGUUUUUGGUGAGCAGCAUGUAGAAUAGGGCAGGUAGCCAUAUUGAUAAUUUUCCUACCAACCCCAGAGCUCAGCCUCAUAAUGUGGAAGAUGAUGCGCACCUAAAUUGGCAACCCAACCACCAUAUAUAAAGCAACUACAAGUAAAUUGAGCUUGUCAUCUGCUGAAAGAAAAUCACUUUGCUUUUCACAUUCAGUCUUAAUAUAUUGUAAGCUGACUGCUUACAAGGUACCUCAAAUGCCUUUGGAGUUUGUAUAAUCUCUGCGUACUUUAAGCUGUUUUUAUUAAAUGACCAAGUGACUUGUGCAAUUUGGUUGUGUUUUCAUUA